AUUGUUUUGGAAUCAAAAUUUUCAAUUGUCAAUAUCAGCUGAUAAAUCUUGUUUACUACUACUAAUGCUGUCAUUUGUAAAAUUCCAAAUUUUAAUUACGGUAAAUGCUCAAGUUUGUAAGAAACAUACUCAAUAUUUUUUGGUAUUAAGGUUAUAGUUUAAUUCUUUAAAAAAUAUAUCUUGAAAUAAAUGGUGGAAGUAUAAUUUUAUUGUAGGACUGUUUUUCUGAAGUAUGCAACCAGAAGAUGCUAGGUACAUCAAGAGGAGAGUAAGAUCAGGCUCCAUUGAUGUGCAUCCUACAGAGUCUGCACUAAUUGUAAACUAUGAAUUGGAAGCAAUCAUUCUUGGAGAAUGUGGGGAACCAAUGGUCAGCGAGAAAAAGGAAUGCCAAAAGAUAAUUCGCCUCAAGAGGCUGGAUGUUGGAACAGACUGUGCUGCAUUGGCCCGAGAAGUAGUUCAAAAGUGCACACUGAUCCAUCCGUCGAAAACAGCAGAAGUGGAACAUCUGAUUUACUACUUGCAGAGUCGGAAAGAUAAUGCAUUUACAGAAAGUGUGGAAAGCUGGACGGAGAAGGAUUCUGGAUCUGAAAGCCCAUCACCUGCCCCCACACCCAGCGGUCAGCCUGCCAGCUUCACAAUGAUAGAGAGCUACAUGGAACUGCUCUACGAGGAUCUACCUGAUAAGACCAGAGGGUCAGCACUCAUACUCGAAUUGGCCAAGGAUCCCAACAACCUGGAAGAUUUAGCAAACAGCGAUGCUGUGCUUAGUGCCCUCGCUCGAGUAUUAAGAGAGGACUGGAAGAAGAAUCUGGAGCUGAGUACAAACAUUGUUUAUACAUUCUUCUGUUUCUCUACUUUCAGCCAGUUUCAUCCCAUCAUCCAACAGUACAAGGUAGGAUCGUUGUGUCUGGAGAUUGUGGAGUAUGAACUGAACCGCUUCGCACAGCUCAAGAAAGAGGUGGAGAGUCGCAGUGUUGCCACCCCACCCACUCCUCCCGUGUCUAGGCUACCCCUGCCUCGAAGUGCUCGAAGACCCAUCAAACAGCCAGCGGAGGAGAAGAAGAAAUCAACCGGUGGUGAAAAAACAGAAGAGCCAACAAUGAACUUACGAAAGCUGGCUACUCUAGCAAAGAAACAAGAUCAGCUUUUAAGAGUUUGCUUCUACUUACUGUUGAACCUGGCUGAAAACGUGAAAGUUGAGGACAAGAUGCGCAAACGCAACGUUGUAGGCUUGCUUGUGACAUCUCUGGAACGCAGUACACUGGAAUUGCUGGUCCUUGUUUCAUCAUUUCUCCUUAAACUCUCUGUCUACCGAGAAAACAAGGAUGAAAUGGCCAACCUGAAUGUGAUUGACAAAUUACCAAAGCUCCUACUGAUGAAGGAUAAGACUCUGGAACUGGUGACCUUGAACCUGCUGUAUAACCUGUCCUUUGACACAAACCUACGGGAGAAGAUGGUCAGAGUCGGCUUCUUACCCAAGUUGGUCAGCAUGCUUGGUGAUGAAGAACAUCAGGUGAACGUGGUAGUGUUGAAGCUGCUGUACCACCUGAGUAUGGAUGACAGAGUCAAAGCGAUGUUCACAUACACGGAUUGUAUAGCUAAGGUGACUGGCAUGAUGGUGGGACUGGAGCCCGGGGAGGAGCUACAUACUCUGUCAGUAGCACUGUUGGUAAACCUGGCUCUCCACGGGCGCUGCGCCAGUCAGCUCCUGGAUGGCAACAACCUGCAGUACCUGAUAGAGUGCGCCUUCCACCACCAGAGUCCCAUCAUCAUGAAAAUACUCAGAAAUGCUUCCACGCACGCAAACUCCAAGCAGCUUUUCAUUGAUUUUGUAGGUGACCUGGCUAACGUGAUAGCAACCCAGCCAAGUGACGAUUUUACUUUGGAGUGUGUGGGGUUGUUGGCCAACCUGACUCUGCCAGAACUAGACUAUUGUACACUUCUGCAACAGUACAACCUGGUCAAUUGGCUCAAGGCUCAGCUGGUUCCAGGCCACGCUCCAGACGAUCUGGUGUUAGAGGUAGUGAUGUUGGUGUCUACAGCAGCAUUGGAUGAGUCGUGCGCCUCUCUACUCUGUAAAGCUGAUAUUCUGCUUAGUCUCAUUGAACUGCUUAAAG